AUGGAAAGCGUAUGCAUAGACUGUCAACAAAAGGCUGAGUUUAUCUGUUUCUGCCAAGACAUAAAGCUUUGCAAAGCAUGCGUCCCAAACCAUCAAAAAAAAACUACAGGCCCACAUAAACUAGUCUUAAUUGGUGAUCCAGAUCUGGAGAAGAUUCAGUUAGAGUUCAACAAAACCCGCCGUGCGCUAAAAGGAACCAAAAAAGGAGGCAAGAAGAAGCCAGCAGCUCCAAAAAAGCCAACUAGGACUCCAGAAGAAGAACAAAAGUUAAUUGAGGAAAAAGAAGCGCUAAAGUAUCGAAUGACUGAAGAACUUCGAAAGCUUACUCCCCAAUAAAAAGAAAUUUGUUCUUUGUUAAAUUUUUUUUUUAAAUCAUAAAUAAAUUUUACAAUACUUUGUUUCAAAAUUUUAAAAAUUGCAAAAAAUUAACCAAAUUAGCUAGAGAUUUCAUUAUAAUACUUAUCUUUAUAUAUCAAAAUAUUUUUGUAAAAAAUUUUUUUGUUCGCUCACGGAGUUUUUGUUGUCAAAAAAAAGGAUUUUUCAAUGUAUUGUUCCUUCACAGGGGGAAGCUAGGCAUUUCAAGGAAGGUAUAUCUAUUAAAAUAGAUAUGAUUAAAAAUUACCAUAGUUAUAAUAUAAAUUUUUAUAUCUAUAUUUCGAUUUUAAAAAGCGUAGAAUAGUAUAUAAUUUCACAAUUAUCAAAUCAAGCUGCGAGAAUUAUCCAGCACAUUGUAGGAGAGCACGACAAAGCAAAAGAAAUUUUAAACCGCGAGUGCGGAGCAAAGCAAAGCUCCAUACAUGAAGCAAUAGUUGAAUGCGAUAAAACUCCGGCAAAUGGAGACAUUGAAAGAGGAAAUGUAGUCCUCGCCAAAGUUCUUGAUGCCCCUAAUAUGGAUGCAUUGAAUCUUGUUAAUAGCAAAUGUACAGUAAGAGAAAAAAAUAUUUCACUAGAAGGCUCCUUAACUUUUCAAAUUACCUUACAACCUUUACAGUCAAAUGUAAAACUUAUAGAAUUUUUAAGAGAAAAUGGCGCAGGAAUGAAUGAAAAAAUAAAGCAGCUUUUUGAUGAUGUUUUAGCUGAAAGACACCAUACAAUCAAUGAAAUUAAAUUGAAUAAAGUAAGCCUAGGCAAGGAUGGCGCAAAACAGCUAGCAGCUGUACUACCAAAGUACAAUAAAAUCAAAUCAUUGAGACUUACAGACACUGAGCUUGGCGUUGAAGGAGCUAAAAAAAUUGCAUCAGGGCUUUCAAGCUUAAAAAAUCUACAAAAGUUGUGUAUCUCGAAAAACGCCCUUGGGGCACAAGGCGCUAAAAGUAUUGCUUCUGGAAUAAAAGAUAUAAGUGGAUUGAAAAAUAUAGAUUUGUCGAAUAAUAAGAUAGGGAAUGAAGGGACCAAGUUUAUAGCUGCAGCAAUAAAGAGUAUGGCAGAGCUACGAUCAUUAAGACUAUCUAACAAUAAUUUAAGCACAGAAAGCGCUAGAGCUCUAGCGUCAAUUUUAGUUGGCCUCAAAAAGCUGAAAACUCUUAAUCUCGCUGACAACAAUUUCCAAGGCGAAGACCGAAUUAUGCUUAAACAAACAGCACCAAAAGACUGCAACAUAGAGGUAUAG